GAGAGAGAGGGGUGAUGAGGGUAGUGGGGGCAGCCCCAAUUUCGUUCUAGGUGCGUUGCUUAACGCCAACCCCACGUUUCCCCUAUGCCUCUCAACCUUACGCCUCUCUCUCUCUCUCUCUCUCUCUCUCUCUCUCUCCCCUCACGCUGGCCUUUAAAUGCUGAGAUUUUUUUCUCUCUCCAACUCUCCCACUCUGUCUCUCGUCUCUCUCGCGCUCCCUGCGGCUACGCUUUACCUCGUAAGUGGAGUUCUACCUCCGUAGAUGGAGUUCGAGAGCCAUACUCCGGGCACGCCCUCCGACCCAGACACUCCUCGGACCCCUCUCCGUCAUCGCCACAAUUCCACCGUGCAUCAGGUCCUCCAGCUGAUCCAAUCGGACGACCUGGAUUCGAAAAUUCAGGCUGCCCGAGAGAUCCGACGCCUCACCAAGACCUCCCAACGGUCUCGCCGUCAGCUAUCCGCCGCCGUCCACCCACUCGUCGCCAUGCUCUGCUCCUCCUCGCUCCUCUGCAACGAGGCCGCCCUCCUUGCCCUCCUCAACCUCGCCGUCAAAGACGAAAAAAAUAAGAUAAGCAUUGUGGAUGCUGGGGCCCUUGAACCAAUAAUCAGGUUUCUUCAGUCAGAAAGUUCAACCCUGCAGGAGUAUGCAACUGCUGCUCUGCUCACCCUUUCUGCUUCUGCCAUUAACAAGCCAAUUAUAAGUGCUUCUGGGGUGAUUCCUAUCCUUGUGGGAAUCCUCAGGGAUGGAAGUUUACAAGCCAAGGCGGAUGCUGUAAUGGCUCUUUACAAUCUCUCAACACAUCUGAAUAAUCUCAGCAUCAUUCUGGAAGCAAAGCCGAUACCCCCCCUAGUUAAUUUGCUUAAGACCUGUAAACAAUCUUCAAAAACAGCUGAAAAAUGUAGUGCGCUUAUAGAGUCAUUGGUGGAAUUUGACGAGGGCAGAACUGCAUUGACAGCUGAAGAUGGCGGAGUGCUUGCCGUGGUUGAAGUGCUCGAGAGUGGGUCUCUCCAAAGUCGUGAGCAUGCACUUGGGGCACUGCUGACAAUGUGUCAGAUUGAUCGUUGUAAAUAUAGGGAACCGAUUCUUAGAGAAGGCGUAAUCCCCGGUCUUCUUGAGCUCACUGUUCAAGGAACACCUAAUUCUCAGUCAAAAGCACAAUUGCUGUUGCAGCUAUUGAGGGAUUCUCCUUACCGAAGGACCGAAACUCAAGCCGACACCCUAGAGAGUAUUGUAUGCAACAUAAUCUCUCAGAUUGAUGGCGAUGAGCAAUCUGAGAAAGCAAAGAAAAUGCUAGCCGAGAUGGUGCAGGUUAGUAUGGAGCAAAGCUUGAGACAUCUACAGCAAAGGGCUCUGGUAUGCACCCCAAGUGAUCUUCCCAUUUCUAGUUGUACUACUAAGUUUCUUUGACAUGUUAGUUUUGGUUUGUCAGUUUUCUGUUUUUUUUCUCCCUCCCUCUCUUAUUUGGGUUUGUGAGAUUAACAUUUCCAUAUUAGGAAAAGAAAUAAGAAAUAGUGGAGAAUGCCAGUCCAGGCCGAUGUAUGGUACCGAGUGACUGGUCAGUGGUCAAUAAACUUCAGAUUGUAUGUUGUUGGAAUCAUAGUUUUUUCGUUGGUCUGUAAAAAAAUUUUCUUGUAUCAAAUGUUACAGAAUCAGUAAAGGUUUUUUUCUCUUA